CUAUUUAUAAUACCGUUAGAAGAUACAAAGGUAUGGCAGCCAUUUUAAGUGAAUGUCUCGUUCUGCGUAAGCAGUAGUGUGCGUGUAAUUUUCGCAAAGAGUCAAAAUAAUUUAUCUCGUGAUGCUUCUAUAUCCGAAAAUGUUUUAAUAAGUGCGGUAACUGUGAUUACUGGGACAAGGAAUUGGUGCAUUUAUUUAUUGGCGACUCGUAAAGAUGACAUCAGCAAAAUCUAAAGAAAUAGCCGAUGAGUACAUCUCAUCGCUGUCUGAUCUUACGAUUAACAGCAAGCCGCUUAUCAAUAUGCUUACUAUGCUGGCAGAGGAUAACGUUGAACAUGCACCUGCAAUCGUCCAAGCUGUCGAAAAUCAUCUACAAAAGGUGAGGAGUGAUAUCAAACUACCUGUACUUUACCUCAUCGAUUCUAUUGUGAAGAAUGUUAAUGGAACUUAUCUAAAUCUCUUUACCCAAAAUAUUGUGAAUACAUUUUGUGGAGUUUUUGAAAAGGUGGAUGAAAAUACUAGAGCCAGUAUGUGGAAGUUGCGGCAAACAUGGAAUGAUGUAUUUCCUGCAAAGAAGUUAUUUUCAUUAGAUGUACGAGUACAAAGUAUUGAUCCUGCUUGGCCAAUCACUGCCUCUCCUACAAGUAUAUCGUCGGGCUCCAUCCAUGUCAAUCCUCGUUUUCUCUCUAUGCCUCAACAAACAGCAACUUCAAUAGUUCAACCAAUUGUACCGCCAGUUAAGUUACCACCAGGUGAUCCAGUAUCUACUACAGAAGCUGUAAUGCGAGAGCAGCUAUUAAAGAAGCAAAGAGAAUUGUUAGAAUUACAAAAGAAAAAAAUUGAACUGGAAUUGCUUCAAGCCAAAGCUAGUUUGGAACAACAGCAGAGGCAACUCGAUAAACAAGCUGGAAGCUUAAAGACAGACAUAGUUGUGCCAUCAACAACAACUGUUCGUCCAAGUACAGAAAGUACUACUCAAGGAAAGCCUACAACACCCGUUGUAUCGAGUCCAACACCAAAACAGGUUACAAAACAGUUUCCAGCUGCAGCUGCAUCAUUGUUGAAAAAUGCAGGCACGAAUAAUGGUCCUCGAAUUGCACCAGCAAGUAGUAUAGCAGUAGCGUCUGCUAGGCCAAUGUCACGUGAUCCUCGAUUGAAGACUGCAUCCGUUCAGGAGGUGACAACUACGGAUCCACGACAACGACAGAGUACGACCGGCCAAAAGGAGAUCCGGAGUGGUGAAGGCCAAACGCAGUUAGCGCCAAAUAUAAACACUGUACUUUCAGAUCAAUUAAAACACCAAUUACUUCCGAAACAGGCUGUGACUAGCACUAUCAACAAGCCUCCGACAAAUCUUGCCGGCUCCGAUACACAAACGAUAAACGCUAGUAAUAACACUAAUGCUAAUACGAACCUCAACAAUAAUAAUAAAAGUUUCAGUGGUAACGCAAAUAAAGAUGCUGUCUCGCAUCGAACAAGUCAAAAGAAAGACCCUCGAUCGUCUAGUAAUAAUAGCAAUAACCUAAACAGUAAUUGCUCCAAAAGUGCCCAAAGUUCGUCACUCAAUAGCAGUUCUUCGACAUUGUCAGGAAGUAAUAGGGGAGGUGGAGGAAGUGACAUCAAGACAAAAGAUGUGAAGAGUUUAAGUUCACGAAGCUCUUCAUCGUCUACAAUUGAUAAAUCUUCCACUUCCUCUAAAUCCUCAUAUAGAAAAAUAGGUAACAAAUCGCGUUCUAAACAACCUCAAUCAUCUCCGAGUAAGGUGCCGAAAGUCGACAGAGAUUCCAGUCCAGUUAGGUCUAAAUCACGUGAAAAAGACAGUGGAGACAGUUCACCAUCUUCGCGUACCUCUCCUCAGUCCUCUUUCCAAACUUCUAAAAAUCGCAAGAAGAUAAAAUCGAGAAAGCGCAGUCCAAGUUCCCCAUAUAGAAUACCCCGGCGUAAUGACACAAAAUCCAAUUCAAGUUUAAGCAGUUCAGGUGGUGUUACUGAGGAGGAACAAUCCGGUUCAUUAAUAGUAUCUCCUCCUCACCCACCCACAUUUAAAGAAAUCAGGCCAAAUGCUAGACAAAGAAAUUAUGUACGUCGAAAUAAGGAUGAUAGUCUUAGUCCAGAACGUUCACCUGUUAAUUCUGGGAACGUUCAAGUUACCACAGAACCAACACUGGAGUCAUCCAGUAAAGACGAAGACCUCAGAGCUACAUUGCCCCUUCCUGGUACUAAUACCACCGUAGCUGAAAAGAAAGAAGAUCUAGAUCUUCGUGUCUUGCCACCAGUUAAUACAAAUAAAAGACAAAGUACUGAACACUUGGAACCAACAGCGAUUAAAAAGACAAAAGCAGAAAAAUUUGAUGCAUUAUUUGGGAAUGAAGAUGUUGAUUUGAGAACAUUGACGCAUCCUAAGGCUGGUCGACCGCCAACACCACCGCCACCAGUGAUUUCCGGAGAAGAUGGCAAAGAUAGUUGGGCUAAAUUAAAGACUCCUUCAAAGAAUGACAGAGAAAAACAAGUGAAUAAUAAUGAUGACAAACGCGAUAGAGAUCGUAACAGAGAUAGAUUAGGUCGUCUCAGACUUUAUAAUAAAUUACCGGACGAUCCAAAAGACAGACGAAGAACAUUGUCUAAUGAGGAUCAGGACUCUCGACCUGGUCGAAGAGGACGCGAAAAUGAUAAACCUGAAAGAAACGAAGAUCGAAAUAUUGAAAUAAUAAUGAAACAAGCUGCUGAACAACUUAAUCAAGGAUCGAUUACAAAAACACAAUAUAAUACAUUAAUACAAGAGGUUUUACAUAUGAGUGAAGAUCGAAAAUUGAGAGCAGCGCAGCGUAAAGAAAAAGAGGCAGGUUCUAUAGUAUGGGAAAAAGGAGUAUCGUUGGAUAUUAAUGGUCCGGUUGAUCGUACACCUAAUUUUAGCCCAUCUGGUGAAAAAGAAGUCAUAAGGAGUAAGGAUCAUCCUAUUCCUAGAAAUCCAAAUGGUCCACGAUGGCAAAGCCAGCCGUGGCAGCAACCAGGUCCAUGGGCACACCCACCAGGUCCUCCUUAUGGUGGCCCUCAAGCACACUUUAAUGCAGAUUUUAGACCUGUAGGACCUUGGCAAAAUCCAAGACAUUUUGGCCCAAUGAGGCCAGAUUAUCAGUAUCAUGGUGGUUAUAAUCACAAUAUUGGUCCAAAUCCCCGAUUAGGACCUGGUAUGAUGGGUCCUAUAGGUCCUAAUGGUCCUAUUAUAUCUAAUCUCUUACCAAAUGGACCAAUUGGUCCAAUAGGUAUGCCAAAUCCUUCCUUGUCAUUAUCAGGUAUGAAUGGACCUGGAAUAAUAAUGAAUAAUGGACCAAUUCCAAGUUUAAUGUCAAAUCCAAACAUACCAUCUUUGAGUACUGGAAGAAACGUUUCACCAAAUGCUACAGCAACAAAAUACGAUCUUGAAGAUGGAGAUCAAAAUUAUAAUGCUGCACUGCCAAAAAAUCAAGGUCCUCAUAGUCGUGAACUACCUCCGCCAGAUUCGCAAUUAUUAGAUGAAAUUGCCCGAGAUACUAUGAAGUCUAUAAAUAUUGAUAAUAUCCCAAGAGAAAUCAGAUAUUAUGGUCAAACUGGUGUAGUUUUUAUGAAUUGGGAUGAUCCGAGAGAAAUUGGAUUCCAGGAUGGUGUAAGGCGAAUUUUAAUAGAUGAUAAGGAUACUAUAACAUGUGCAUUCAAUGAUCAGUAUAAAGAAUUCAUGUACGAUGGAGAAGUUCACAGAAUAAAACUGGGUGCUCCAACAAGGGAAUUAUAUGUUGAUGAUCGUUGGUAUGAAUGUUAUUUUGGUGGAAUGCCUGUAACUAUAGAGCUUGGUGGUAAAAAAGUAAAUAUAAAAUUAGAGGGCCCUCCGCCACAAGUAAAGAUCGGUACUGUUAAACGAACAGAUUUAGUAGUUGCUAAAAUUAAUCUCAUAAUUAAUGCUAGAAAUAUGGUGCCUGUCUUUUUAGAUGCAAAACCACAAAUAUUUGAAAUUGAAGGCAAGCCUCAUACAUUAGAAUUCAUAGACGCUUUGCAAACGGUACUUUUGAAUGGUCGACCGUUUAAAGUUGAAUUUGGAGGAUUACCUAAACCCAUCAUUGUAAGAGAUAAAAAACAUUUCAUAAGAUUUUCGGUAUUACCACGAGGUAUACGUGCUGGAUACGUUAAGAUAGCAGGAAUGAGAGGUGAAGAACCUAUUGAAGCACCAUCAACUCCACCUUUAUUAAAUCAAAAACCUAAAAUUGAUACUACACCUACUCCUACUCAGCUUCCAUCUAUAGAACAGGAAUCCACAUCCCAAGAUGGUUCAGAUCUCAUUUCUACACCAAAACCAGAUUUACAAUUGGAUAUUCUAUCUUCUGUUCUACCAUCUGCAAUGGCACCAUCGUCUGGUUUGUCUUAUCAGGCAGAACCAGUCGAAAAUCCACCUACGUCAACUCCAGCUUUAUCAUUGCCAUUAAAUAUGAAUGAAUUAUUCCAGCGUUUAGUAGAGACUGGCAUUGUACCAAAUCUUACAGAGAAAAAGAAACAGGAAGAGGAAGAGAAAAAGGAUCCAGAAAUUAUUCCUGUUUCUUUUGAUAAGCCAGAGACGCUUAAAGUGAAGCAACCAGCUAUAGCUGCUGCUUUGUACAGUGGAAUGCAGUGUAGUUCGUGCGGUGCAAGAUUUGCACCUGAAUUAGCAACGCGAUAUAGUCAUCAUUUAGAUUGGCAUUUUAGACAAAACAGACGUGAACGAGAUUCUGCAAGGAAAGCACAUUCUCGACCAUGGUAUUAUGACGUUAGCGAUUGGAUACAAUUCGAGGAAAUCGAAGAUCUUGAAGAUAGAGCUCAAAGUUGGUUUGAAACAGAAAAACAAACAGCUGAAAUAGAAGGUAUUGCUACUGAGGAUACGCCACAAGAAACACAACAACCAAGUGUUCCUACUGGUUCUGAUGAAGAUUCGAGAUGUCAAGUGUGUCAUGAUGCUUUUGAACAAUUUUACAAUGAGGAAAAGGAAGAAUGGCAUUUAAGGCCAGCAAUUAGUUAUGAAGGGAAAAACUUCCAUCCACUAUGUCUUGAAGAUUAUAAGGAAAAAAGUCUUGUGAGAGCUCUGGAAAAAACUGCUUUGGCACUUGAGGAAACGAUCGGAGAAAUGGAAGAUGAAAAGAAAAGUGGUAUAGAAGAAUCUAUUAUAGAAGAAAUUAAAAUUCAAGAUUCAAAAAUAGAAAGUGACAUUGUUGAACAAUCGAUUGCUGAACGAGAGGAUAUAGUGCUUACAGAAGAACAAAAAACUCCUGAAAUUGAAGAUUCAGAAGAUCACCUGAGUUUAGAAAACAUAGAAAAUCAACAGCAAGAUGAAAAAAUGGAGGAUGAAAAGAUCGAAAAUACAGACAAUGACAAAUUAAACAUAGAAGAAUUAGAAAAAAUAGAUAUACAUUUACGAACGGACGAAGAAAAAUCUCAAAGUGAAGUAGUCGAAAGUAAUUCGUUCGAAAAUAUAAAAAUCAAAGAAGAACCUUUAGAUGAAAUCGAGGAACAAAUAGAAGAACAAUUUGACUUUACUAAUGUAGAUAUUAAAGAAGAACCUACAGAACCUGAGCCAGAUCCAGAAGAGAGCAUAGUAAGUGAGCACGCAACAGUAGAUACAACAUAUGCAGCUGUGAAAAGUUCUAUUGAUGGAAAUGUGGAAUUGGAUUCUACCCCAGCGACAUUACCAACAGCCCCAUCCCGUAUUAAAAUUAAUAUUACGAAGCCCUUAAAUACUAGCAAGGAACCUGAAGAACCAAAGGAGAAACAAAUUGUAGAGCCUCAAAUUGAAGAACAUACAGAGCCUUUAGUGCCUGCUUCUAUCAAACCCACUUUGCUGGGUAGAAAAUUAUCUACCUUACCUCCCGUAGAAAAGGGACAAGAAUUAUCUGGACUCUGUUCAAUAAUGUAAAUAGUAACUGUAAAAUAUUUUACGCGAAUCUGUGGACACCCUAGUGGUUUGUGUGAAGUAUGUGUUCGCGAAGGAGUUUGAUUUAUUCAUAACACCUUUUUACAUUAAGUUCGUAUAUUGUAUAUCACCUUUUGUGCGGCUCGUACGACAUGAUGUGAAAUGUUUAUUUAAAUAUUUUGAUAUCGUGCGUACAAUAAUAGCCAUACCUUGACAUUAUUAUUUAUAUAUUUUUCUUUUUUUUUUUUUUUCCUUCAUUUCAAAAUUUUAGGUAAAAAUUUUAAUACGUGUAUCAUGAUACACGAUAAUAUUUCAUUUAUCACUAUCGACUACGAAGUAAAAAACAUCACGUCGUAAGAGUUAAGAAUACUUUGUAAUAUGUGCAAGUGUGAAUGUAUGUAUGAAUAUUUGCCGUUAUAUGUAGUGUGAAAGAAAAGUUGCAUGUGUAUGAUGCAAGUGAAAUGAUUUAAGUGAAGUAAUAAGGUGAUGUAGCAUUCCUAAUAGUAUUGAGUGCAAUCACAAUUCGUGACAUGUCAACAAAGUUAGAAAUGUCAUGAAGAUUUACGAUGGUCUGCACAAGACUUAUUGAGAAUUUCGUACCGUUUGUACUUUGUAAACUACUAAUUCUGCAUAGGUUAAUUUAUAAAAUUACUGUUCGUUUAAGAGGUGCUUCGUGGAACUAUACACAAAAAUCAUUGCACCUAACAGGAUUAUUUAUAAAGAAUCGAAUUUGCCCGAAUCAAUUGUUAAAAAUGUACAAAUUGUGUGAUAUGUGAUUGUCUGUUGCAUUGUACAUACUUUCAACAAUGAUAUGAUCACGAUGAGAUUAGGUAAGACACAAAAAUUAGUACUAGAGUCAUUAUUUUGUUGUAUAAAAGAAGACUUGUUGAUUAUUCGGGUUUUGACUUCCUCUUUCGUUACUUAUUAUCCUAUAGUAACCUCUAUAAUAUCCUUUAUAAUGAUAACAGUUGCAGCGUAAUUAAUUAGUGAUUUGGAUUUUUAGCCAUAUCUAGGAGUACUUGGAGAAAUAAAAAAAAAAAAAAUGCUAAAAAAUUAGUCUAACUUAGUUGAAAAUCUAUCUCAAUAUUCAAUAAAGAAUUUUUUAAAAAUAAUGAUGACUUGUUAAAUCUCAUCACAUUUUCCAUCUUAGAUUUUUUACCGUUUAGAAAUACUUAUUUCAAACUUGUUAUAUCAUAUAUUGCAAAAGAAAUUGAGUACUAUCGACAAAUUUUACUAACAAUGUUUGAAGAAAAAAAAAAAAAAAACUAAUAUGGUAACGAAUUACGAGAGAACCUAAAAUAAAUAAAGAUUUUGUAUAAAAUUAUUGAUAAUAAAAAAAUUAUGUAAAAUUAUCAUUUUUGUAAUGCAUCAUUGAAUGUUGUCCGUUAAUACGAUUAUUCGUUUUCAUCCAUUAAAAUAUUUUUAUCAUUUUUGUUUUACUUAUAAUUCUUGCAUCUAGAAUUGCUUUCCACUUAUAUGGAAAGCAGUCCUCCUAUUAUGUGAGAAGUAAACCAACAACAAUCCUGCAACUUUUAUUCAUAAACUGCAAUUAUGUGGCCAUCUUGGAAAAGGAAUUGUAUCCUUAAUAUUUGUUAUUCCCAAGACACAUUGCAGAAAUCUUUCAAAACCCAUCCCAAAACCACCAGUAGAUACAUUGCCGUAUUUACGUAAUUCUAAAUACCAUGAUAAAUUAUGAUUAGAAGGUAAUUUUAACUUCAACUUUUCAUAAUUAUCUUCGCGAAUGCUUCCUCCAACUAAUUCUCCAACAAUUGGUACUAAAAGAUCCAGUCCUGCAACCUUUGAAUCAAAUUUAUAAAUCCAGAAACAAGUAUGUCUAUCAUUUUUUAAUAAUUAAAUAUUACUUACUGUAUCAUUAUAUUAUCUUACCUUAGAAGAAUCAUUUGAACAUUCUUUCAUAUAAAAAGGUUUAUCCUCUUUUGGCCAGUUUAUAACAAAAAGAGGAACAUUAUUAUUAUAUUUUACUAAAAAAAGUUCAUGUUUCUUGGAUAACACAUCUCCAUAUUUGAUAGGAUGCUGUAAUUCAACUGCAUGAUCAUUUAAAAUAUUUAUUGCUUCAUCAUAAGUCAUGUAUCCAAAUUUGCUAUUUAACCACUGUGGUUCAGUGGCACCUAUAUGAUGGAAAUCAAGGGGAUUAUGAUCAAGCAUAUUUUUAGUUACAGUUUUCACUAAAAGUUCAACUUCUUCUGCUAUUUCUUCAAUAUUUGAAACAAAUGCUUUUUCAGCUUCUACCAUAUAAAAUUCUGAUAAAUGCAAUCUUGACUUUGAAUUUUCAGCUCUAAAUGUAGGUCCAAAAGUAUAUACUUUUGAAAGAGUCCUAAAAAUACCUGAAUAUUUAUAAAUAUCUAAAAUUUUAUAUGCAGGAAGUAAUAAUAAUACAUCAUUUAUAUAUUUUUAAUCACCUUGCAAGAACUUCUAAUUGUAAUUGUCCAGAUACAGUUAAAUAUACUUUAGAAUUGAAAUAAAUUUCAUCUAAUGACAUACCAUCUUUCUUCAUACUCUCAAGAACUUUGCAAUCAGGUCUUACAAUAAAAACUUCACCUGCACCUUCACAAUCAUUGGAAGUUAUUAUUGGCGUGUGAAUAUGUAUAAAAUUUCUACUUCUAAAAUGAUUAUUAAUAUUUGCAGUAGCUAUAUCACGUAAUCGUAAUAAACUACUGAACUUCUGUGCUCUUGGCCUUAAAUGUAAAUAUUGUCUUAAAUAUUCUGCAUCAUAAGGUUUCUUUGGUUGUAAUGGAUAUCCUUUAGUAACAUCACAUGUACCAAUAACGUGUGUCUCAUUUACUUGUAAUUCCAAUCUACCAUUAGGUGUUAAAGUCAAUAUACCUUCUGCAUUAAUACUACUUCCAUAAGUUAAAUCAAUUGGCUUAGAAGAUUUAGGUAUAACAACCUGGAGCAUUUCAUUGGUUGAUCCAUCAUUAACAUCAAAGAAAAUAUAAUUUUUCAUUUUCCUGAUCGCGUAUACCCAUCCCUGAAUAAAAAUGCUAUAUUUGUUGACUAUUAAGAGAUUCUUUCUAAUAGUAAUAUAUUAAAUAUGGAUUAAAAAAAAAAAAAAAAAAAAAAA